UCAUGCUACAAUUUGAAGGAAAAGCUUUGAUUGUUGUGAUAUUGCUUAUUUAUGUUAUUUUGAGUAUUAAUGCUCUCGAUUCGACUUGCCAGUUGUUGAUGUGCACCAGACCAGACAAUCUUGAAGCUGUUGCUAUAAUCACAAGUGCAAGUGACGUGCUAGGUGCACAGACUCAUAUUGCCUAUCACUGCCCACAAGUAACCAACAUCACCAAAUGCGACAUUAGUUGUACUGGACCGUACAAUUCGAAAAACACAACCACAUAUUAUCUUUGGAAACAGUGUAUUCCUCAAAGUAGUUGUUCAGGAGGAUAUACUUCUCUACGUGGUGGUAAGCACUAUACUAUGAUGGUUAAUCAAUUUCAUAAAAGAAAAGAUAACAGUUUUGAUGUUUUUAUCUAUAAAUCUAAAACAAAUCAACAUGGAUUAAAUAAUCUUGGUUCUGCCAAUAAGAUAUUAAUUCCUGCUGAUAAUCCUAAAAUAAUUGCAAAUUAUGAGAAAUAUUUCUCAAAGCAGCCA